AUGUUCUGUAUUCGCUGCAGGGCUCUGCCCUCAAUUCAAAGCGCAGCAUCUGCCACGCGCAUGCCCACAACCAGAAUCUCGCAAUUGACCCCACGAACGCUCACAACACCUGCGGCUUCUCCCUCCGCCCGUUUCUUUUCCUCCACGCUCCUCUCGACGCCAACUCGCGCCCUCGUCUCCAAUCAGCCUCUCUUUUCUCGGGCUCCUUCAGCAACCACCUCUUCUCUCCCCUCGAUCUUCUCAUUGCUUCCUCCUCAGACUCGCGCUUUCUCGGCGACCGCUGCCCUGGGCGUCAAGCGUAAUACAUUCCGCCCCUCACGGCGAGUGCAGAAGCGUCGCUCGGGCUUCCUUGCUCGUAAUACGAGCAGGAAAGGACGGCUGGUUAUUACUCGCCGGCGUCUCAAGGGCCGCAGGGCUAUGAGCUGGUAG